UCCUCGAUAAACAACCACCAGCUGUUGUCCACGCUUUAGGCACAAUUUUUAACACAUUUAAUUUUAUUUGUAAUUAAUAGUAAAAAUGAGGGGGAAACAAAGGAACCGAAGUGCACGACCCAACAAGAGCACGAACUCCGUGCGGAGAACCGACAAGUUUUCCAAAAAUAAUAAAUUUAUUCAGAGGAGCAGACAAAUGGAAAAAUCGUAUAGGACGGAGAGUCAAUUUCACAGUACAAUAACGAAGGAUGAAUUAAAUAUGUCUGUAAAUAUGUUACCGUCAUUGAAAGAGGAUACAAAUAUGUGUUACGAGCAGCUUGUGGAUCAAUUUAGUUGUGCCAACACAGCUCCUUCCGUUCAUGAAGAGAACAAUUGCAUAUCAACGGAACAUCUAAACGUCACUGAUACGGAGCAGGAGGAGAUAUAUACUAAUAAUUUGAAGCCCCACAAUUCAUUUACAAAGCGGUUCGAAUUUGACCUGUCAACAGAUGAUAUUACCGAUUUAAUUUCGGACGAAAGAAAAACAUAUAAAUUUAAAUGGUCAGCAAUCGGUAAUUUCAAAAUUGAAAUACCGAUUCUAAAAUCAUCAAUUAGUUCAGACGCCAGCUACAGUCGACCUCCAGAAGCCUUGAAGCCAGCUGACCUUCAAGUAUUGGAGGUAAAAAUGCCAAUUUGUACAAAUGCUGCUUAUCCAUUAUCCGCUCUUCAAAUGGAAAUCUUUCAUUGUGCAAAUAAUUACCUAGACCUAUAUUUUCCAAGGCGAUCACAUGAAAAUGCCGAGGAAAUCCGUUAUGCAUACUGUCUUCACGCUGUAAAUCAUAUGCUAAAGAGUAGAGCCCAGAUUUUACGUAAUAACGAAAAGAUUACAGGACUUGUAAAAGAUCCAAAGCUUCUUCCAAGUGAAAUAUCGAUUCCAGAUAGCUUUAGAGAUCAAGGACUUACGCGAAUGAAGGUUCUCAUCAUAUUGCCCUUUCGGGAAUCUGCUUUAAAAACUGUACAAAUUAUGGGAAAUUUGUUAUUUGCACAUCACCAAGAUAAAAAAUCGGGCUUACCCAUUGCGAGAUAUGAGCGGUUCCUAAAGGAUUUUUCCGGGAACACAAUAUAUUUUCCAAAGACAAAUCCAAAACCUAUUGAUUAUGAGCAAACGUUCAAGGGGAAUACAGAUGAUAACUUUAAAAUUGGUAUUCGCUUUACAAAGAAAACGAUGUCUUUAUACUCAGACAUUAGUUCAUCAGACAUUUUAAUUGCUUCCCCAUUGGCACUACGCAUGAUUAUUAAUGAUAAAGAGCAAGACUUUGACUUCCUUAAUUCAAUUGAAUUACUUAUCAUUGACCAGGCCGAACUCUUCAUGGCUCAAAACUGGGAGAAUCUGCUCUAUGUACUCGAUCAUCUGCACUUACAACCUCAAAAGCUUCCAGAGACCAAUUGCCAACGCGUCCGAUCAUAUUGCCUUAACGGAACGUCUCGUUUCUAUCGUCAAACGCUAUUUUUUUCAUCCCACGAGUUGCCAGAAUUUCGUGGAUUGAUGAACAAUAAAUGCCACAAUUAUCAGGGAAGAGUGCGUAUUACCAAUCAGAUUGAAUAUGGCGAUAUAUCCAAUGUACUGACACAAGUUGAACAGGUUUUCCAACGUAUCGAUUGCUCAAGCGUAGAAUCGGCGUUCGAGGAUCGUUUUCAAUACUUCGUUAGGCAUAUUUUGCCACAAUUCAGCCGAUCUGGUCAAUCGCAUUGUCUGCUCUACGUUCCCAGCUAUUUCGACUACGUUCGUUUGCGAAAUCAUUUUAAAAAUGAAAUGGUCAAUUAUGUUCAAAUAAGUGAAUAUACAAAAAAAGAGAAAAUCUCGCGAGCAAGGGAUAUAUUCUUUCACAGUGGUGCACAGUUCUUGCUAUACUCCGAGAGAGCACACUUCUUCAGGCGUACUCGCAUCAAGGGAGUCCGACAUUUGAUACUCUACCAACCACCAAACUUUCCCAACUUUUAUUCAGAGCUAAUUAAUUUAAUGCUUGAAACUAACCAGAAUCCACGAGAUGGCCUAAAGGAUUUGAUGAGUGUUAAAGUUCUUUACACUAAAUAUGACAUUCUUAGUUUAAGCAACAUCGUUGGAAAUGAAAACGCUAUUAAACUAACCGCAGGCACAAGCGAUUCAUAUUCCUUCUCGAAUAAUAUGUAAAUAUAUUGCGAAA